GAUUUAUGACCCUCAACUGUCAGACGAAAUGUUUCCCAGAGGGCAACUACAGGUGGACACAUAACACCACAGUCAUUGCCGGCAACACCUCACAGCUGCCUAUAGAGAGCCUCACGUUCCACAACAGCGGGGAUUACACUUGCAAUGUGGAGAGCGAUUACACCACGAUUAGCCGCACGGAGAAGGUUUCAAUCCUCGUGUACAGGGCUCCCACACAGCAGAUCACAUGCGGAGCAGCAGAUAAAGGAACAGCAUUGGUGUUGAUGUGCUCCUGGGCUGGUGGGGUGCCAGACUCUGUCCUUCAGCUGAAGGUCGGACAGACGAUUGUCAAUGCGACAAACGAGGGGAAUGUCACCAUCACAAAGGAUCAGCUCAGCUCCCGAGAGAUCUUCACAUGUGUUGGACGCCAUGUUGUCUCUGACAGUCAAUGCUCUAUAGUCAUUGAUAAACCCCAGAGAGCGUCAGGGUCUGAGCCUCAGGUGGAAGUGGGGAAGGAGGCAGAUGUGACCUUAGACGUGUCACUGACAGACACAGUGCGGGUGUCAGACCCUGGCCUGCUGCCCGCACACUUUACAUGGUCGAAGGAAGACAACUCCAUCACUGGCUCUGACGCCAAGACACCCCGCAGUGCACAGCGAGAGACAGAGUGGGAACCACACUACGAGAACAUUGAUGUCAGAGCUUCCUCUGCCAAUGUCUCCCAGAAGGAUUCAGGCCCUUACAUGAACCUUGGAAAGCACCAAAAAGAUAUUUAUCACAAUUUACGUCGUAAUGGCCCCGGGAAGUAAAUAGCUGUGACAACGUAGAUCGAUUUCAAGAUCCUUUAAUAAUAUAAUCCUUGCAUUU